AUGGGCGCCAACACCUCCAAGAUCGACAAUGGGCUUGGUCUCCCUCCUGAUGAGCCCGAGCCAGCUUCAACUCGGCCUGUCGGGCAGCAACGGCCCUCGCCUGCCACUUUGUCAACUAAUACUCCGAGCCACGCAUCACCAAUCUCAGCACGCUACCGGUCCCUGCAGAAAGUUGCUAACUCGUCGGCUCAAAGCUCGCCCAGCGUAUCUCCCGCCGUUCGACGCCAAGGAUCGACUCUAACAGCUCUAUCUUCAUCUCGUCUAGAGUCGGUGGUUCCAGCUUCCCUCCCGCCACACCAGGCAUCACCGCCGGUGACUUGCGUCGUGCGGAAGACCUCAGCCUCCAAACUGUCUACUCAUUCUAGACCUCUUCCACCAGUCGAAAGCAGGGAAACCGUGAAAUCACAAGCUGCAAGAAUUGCCAGAUGGGCACGCAUGGAUCUCUCUGACGAAAUAUAUGAGUCUUGUCAGAUCGGUGAGCCGCCUCAGUCUGAGAGCGAUAUUGGCUCUCUGGCAAUAUACGACAGCGACACAAGCUCUUCAGACCCGGACACGGGUUUUGCACCAGAGGACGCCCACAUCAAUCCAAAUAUCAGAAGCUCGCCGCCUCCAAAAGAUCUAUCAGCGUCUAACUCCGGUGACCCUCGCAUAGUUUCAGUCCUUCCGCUUGUUCAAGCCACCGCUCCUUCCAAAACUCUUUCAGUGUCCAAGCCAAAGCAGAAGCGACGGCUCGUGCCCACUGCACGAUCAAUUGAGAUUGCUAUCGGGAACGUCAACAGCAUUGGGAAAUAUUCGACGGGUCAACCCAAAGAGAUAUCUCUAUUCUCGAAUGGUGACAAAAAGUCAGAGUAUGGAUUUUUCAACCCGCAUCCUGAUGGCGUUGAGCUCACCUGCGAUGAGGAGUGGUUGCUUCCAGAUCCGCAUCCAGGAUCUUGUCUCUACCAAGAUUCGGACCACGAAGACGAAGGCUUAUGGUCAGAGAUACUCCGUAUGGGGAACCCAACCGAGGGCGAAACAGUCCAACAACAGGAGGAACGUCGCAUGAUAUUGCUGGCGAGAGUCCAUGACCACCGAUCAUCGUUACAGUCAACCAAGGUUGAUGAAGCAUCUCCUACUGAAUUGCGUGAGGACGACUUACUUCUUAAGCAGGCUCGUGAGUGCAUGCUCAAAGAGCAAGAAGCAGGUGCAGAGCGUAGCAGAAAGCUACGCGAGAAAGCUUUGCAGCGACGCGGUCUCCUCGAGCUACCAGACCGCAGCUGCUCCAGCUCCGAACAUGGAAAGACAUUCUCGGAUGGCCACGCCGAGGACAGUUCUGCGAGCGAUUUGUUCUUAGACAAAGAUGGCGAUGUACAAAUGGAGAGUCUCCUCGACGUUGCCCAAGAGCACGCUACGAAGGACUCGAAACGUGUACAGCCGAAAGUACAAGAGACUACUCAAACCCCUCGCCACAUAUCUGGACCAAACCCUCUAUCACCUGAGGCUGCUGAGCAAUAUCGAACGCAAAGCCGUCGCUUAUCUGAUUAUGACCACAAGCCACGUGCUCCGGACAGUCGAGGUCGACAUCUCUCUUCUGGAUCCCUCUCGGAUAGCCACCUAUUGUCCCAAAGCCGGAAGGAUCUGGAGGACCGAGAGCAGCGUCUACGUACGGCUAAGAAACAGAUUUCUCGAAGCCUAAUUGACCGCAUCUCAAACUCCCGCGAUAUCAGCGAGAACUAUGAUGAUGAAGAGGGUGAGGCUGUUAUGAAUAGGCCAUCUCAAGAAACUAGAAGUACAGUGCAGCGUCGGCCUCUGUCCGGUUUCGAGCUCCUGGCUGCCAAGAAAAAGGCUCAAGAUGAUCUCAAGAACGACAGCAACCAGUGCCUUUAUGAAGAUACUAGCGUUACCUACAAGCCAAAGAACCAGCCCAUCUCUAAAGUUCAAGUGGCAACGGCGAAAGAGGCGCUUCUCGAAAACAAUACUCUACGCCCGGAACGACCUACAUUCGCACCAGCGUUCUCCAGGACACCAGCAAUCAAGGACUUAACGCUUCCCAAGAACUUUGGUCAGCUAAAAGAGACUGAGAAGGAAGUGGUCGUACAGCACGAAACAGCUAAAGAAAGAAAGCGAGAUCUAGAUACCAUCGGCAGCGUAUUCUGGGAAUUCGCACAACUACUCUGCUUUACUAACAGAGAGCUCACAGAUCGCACCAUGCAAACCGAAACGGAUGAGCUCUUUGAUAUCGGGAAGUAUAUUGGUCUCGUCGUUGACCAAAACAAGUCUGGCAAGGCAAGGAGAAAGCGCAUCCAAGAUAUUCGUGACAACAUCAAGCGCAGAAUUGACAAGGCCGCAAGACAUCAACCGGAGCCGACCGAAGCCGCCAUCAUCACGGAGAUGAGACGUACGUUUCGCCCGGAGCAGGUCGACUUUAUACACAAUGAGCUACCCAAAAUCCAGAAGGUCAUUGACUACUGGGGAGACCUUCGCAGAUCAGGAAAAGAUACCCGCAAACCAUCCAGAAAGAGGGAAGUAACCUCUACAAAAAAGCAAGUACGUUUUGCAGACGAGCAGGAGCAGGAUGUCGUCUACUCCUUCCCCAACGAAAGUCCCUGCCCCUCCAAGCCCAAAACGGCAUUGAAACGAAGCGGCAAUGCGACUGAGAACAGAAGGCAAGCACAGUACGACCGCCAGGCCAGACUAGAGGAGAAGUUGCGGGUACAACUCAAGCUCUUCGAGACCGUCGACACUCCAGAAAUUGCCGAUAUCCAGAAUCAGGUCGCGGAGACUCAAGCAGAAAUUGGGCGUAUCGAGCAACAGAGGCAGGAAGACAGCGACAGUGAAGAAGAGGACGGAGCUGAGUUUGUCUUGGGCGCUGGAUUGGACGUCGGAAGAGCCCAUCUUGAACAGGACAUCAACGAGAUCAACAGCCUUGAAGAUGCUCGCCAAAGAGAAGCCGGCACCCACGUAUCACAACGACAAGAACAGGCCCACCAAGCCCCGGGGCAAUUAAAGUCACGCCAAUCGUUUGACCCGGAGCUUUUGAGACAAAUGCAACUCAACAGAGCGAAGAAGCUGGCACAGAUUGCAGACCCGGGUAUCAUCGAGGACAAGGCCACAGCUGUGGCGUUGGACAGUGACAGCGAUGUGGACACCACGGCCUCCUCCAGCGACGAUGACGAAGACGGUGACCGACGCAUUUGCAAGUACAUUGUCUGGGGAGCCUUCCGGGGCUUCGCAGACUAUGAAGAUGCCGACCACUACCGCAUUACAGCGACCUAUGACAAGGAACGAGCGGAAAAGAGAGUUCGCGAGCACAUUAUCAGUAUUCAAGGCCAGCUCCCUGCCGGCACGGUCUUUGACGCUGGCAAUUGGUCGUGCAACACGGUCUACCGAGACGGGUUGCUAGAACAGCAUCUUAUGGUGGGCACAGAUGUGGAUCACGAAGCGAGAGUCUGGAUCGAGAAAGAGCUUGUCCAUCUUGGCGAGAAACGGUUCAAACAGGCGAAGCGACGGCACGCCGUCGUCGAACGCUUCACCUACAAAGUCUACUGGGAGAAGACCGUUACUCCGGUCCUCACCGAAGACGAGGAAGCCACCGAGCAGGCUGCCGAGAAGGCGAAGGAGACCAGGCUCGAACCCGAGUUCGAAGGGUACGAGGAUCUCUUUGGCGUUAGCCCCUCGCCGGAGACAGCGACAGCGAGACCCACCACUAGAGACGCCGUCACCACCGAAAUCUCACGCGACGAGAUCGAGGCCCGGACCUUCAGCUGCGCAAUCUACGCGAACCGUGAUGCCAAGGACGUCUUCCUCGCCUGGUACUUUGCCUUCCUGCCCGGCGUGGCCAACGAAGGCUAUCGACGCCAGGAGGACGAGUCGAUGGAGCAGACCCUCGAAGCGCUGGGCGACUGGGGCCUCUUCGACCGCUCGGAAAGUUUGCAGAAGGACGUGGUCGGGCCUACUGGGGUGACGGGGAGAGUGGAGGAGAAGUUCAGAGUGUGGGUGAAGAAGAUUGCAGUGAAAGGACCGGGGAAUUGA